UACAAAAAAUAGAGUCACAUUAUAGUGUCAUUUUUAUUUUAUUUUAUUUUUAAAUAAAAGACCCCAAAAGCCUGAUUUAUUAAUAAAAGAGAUAUAUACAAAUGGACUUAGCCCAAAGGUUAAGCCCAUAAAAUCAACAAACGAAAAUUCUAAAAGAAAAAAAAGUAAAACAUAGAAAUAAUAAAGUGGAUGGGACAGUCCUUCUAGAUCCUUUGGUUGCAUCUCUAUCACCAUCCCUCUUCCAUCGAUGAGCUCCACAGGAACUCCCAGCUGGGACCUCUCGAUUGUAUAUCAGCAUCUCUUUUUCAUCGCCAUUGAUGAGCUUUGAGCACAACUAUUGGAGAUCAACUUGCAUCUCCUCCAUUUCAGCUGCUACCAAGAAUUGGAUCUGUGGAGGCAGCAAAUAGGAGCUAUCAACAAUCGAAUACACCACUAAGAACUUUCGAGUCCUGAUUUAGUACCACUUUGGACACCCCUUUGCUCUCACCAGGGGUUGAGGAUUACAUUCCUACACGUGGCUAGUUAAGCUUCCAUCCGGCGGAGUUUUGAUGAUAGUACGGGUCAUUGUUAUUGAUUUGGACUGGUGUAGAGCAGCUUCUGACUCAGAUAUUUGGUGAGCUCCUGGCAUCCGGAGUUGUCGAUUUCCGUCCAUGCCAGAUUAGGACUAAUCUUUACUUACUUUCGAAGACUAUCUGUACUCUUAUUUUAUUUGGAAAAGCCUUGUACUUCCUUUGUGGUUUAGAUGCUCGAUUACUGUUUGAAUCCAGGUCUUGGGGUGGCUUAUGUAUUUGUUUUAGUCAUCCUUUUUCUUCUCAUUAUUACUUACUUUCUUCUUAUUUAUUCACCUUCCACUUGAUACCUUUUGUCUUUUGGUUCUGGGCUAAGGUUUAAGGGUUGAGAUUACCUGCGAGUGGUUGUUAGCAGGUGCCUUCACUUCCUAAGAAAUUAUGUUGGACAAGUUGAUAUCAGAGCUCUAGGUUGACUGGCAUCGUUAGUAUGAGGGGAAUGCCUAGUAGAGUCUUGCGGAUCGGUGCAGAGAUGUUCGUAUCCUUUCUUAGGGAGGUUAUAGGGCAUUUUUAGGGAAUUCUCUUCUUGACUCCUUAUCGUGUGUCCUUAUUUUGAAUAAUCUCUAAGCUGAUCAUUUAGAAUUCAUUCCUUCUUAGAUGGAUAACACAAGUUUCUUGGUGGACACGGUCGGAGCAUUAGUAGGUUGUACCAGAGUUUCAGCAGGUGGCUCUCAGGCUAGUGAUGGGUUAGCGGUUCCUCAACAAGGUUCGUCCUCAGUAUUGGACUAUGUCAUGGAAUUUCUCAAGUGGGAUGGUAAUAACCCCACAUCAUCCCUUAUAGAUAUGAAUAUGAGCCGAGAGUUCAUCAGGGGAUUAUCCUUGCCGCUCUGCUUGGCGUCAGAGCAUUUGAUAUUAGUUGGGUCUAACUUUCCCCAGAUUGUCAGCCAUGUGAGGGAAGUGAAGCAUGCAUGCUUCGAGGCGUACAAAGGUUAUGGUAAUAGGAUAGCAUCCCACUUCAGGGCGAUUAUCACUUCGAUGAGGGGUCAACUUCCUUCUCAAUUCAUCAAUCCCACAACGAUAGUACCUCAGGUCCCAGGAGGUUUUGUGGCAGGAUAUGGGGUUUACAGUAGACAAGGUACAAGUCAGACUUCUCGAGGUGAGCACAUUAGGCCUUCAGGUGUUGGAGCUUAUCCGAUCCCGUUUGGGUCCUUUCAGCAGGAUGUCAUUAGUGCCAGUUGCUAUGAGGCUGGAAGGAAGGUCACUUUGUUAGGGAGCAUCAUAGGGCCCUGGUGCAAUCAGCUAGGGAACAGGAUAGCUAUAGAAGCCAGCCCCAUCAAGGUGUCUCUAGUGCCGGUCCGAGUCAAGGCUAAGUUGGCCGACCUCCAUAUUUCAGCCGAUAGUCAUGGGGGUGUUACGAUUGCAGUUCACUUGACCACUGGUCCCCGUGAGUGCCAAGGCAAGAUUCGAUGUUUUAAGCUCCUCAUACUCACUAGAACAGGGUUGUUGGGCCUUAUCGUACCUGUGGAGAGCUUGACCAUCGAUCUAGAGGUUGUUGUUGGCAUGGGACCCCUGUAUAGUUUGCUCAGCCAAGUCAGUAUCAAGGUUUUAUGCCGCCUCCUGCUAGAGGCAGAGCUCAGAGGGUUGCUAGUGAUUCUUUAGUUGUUUAGGUUGAGGUUGGUCGCGAUCCAUUCCAUGCUUCUACGAGUCGGUCAGAGGCCAAGAAUCCAUGUAUCGGUGAUAUUCCCUUGCUUUUCUCGUUUUGAUUUAUAUUAUUCAUUAGGUGUGAUUUUGGGGUUUUCAUCCCCGUACUUAUCUAUUUGGCUUGUUAGUUAUCCCCUGACUAUUGUGGCUGCCUUAUCUGGAUGUGUGUGUGUGUGUUUUAGCUCAGUAGUUAAAUCUUUUAGUAAUAGAUCGACUAGGUUGAUCUCCUAUUAACGUAGUGACAGUUGAGUAACUCCCCAUACCUUGCCUGGGUGAUAUUAUUUAGAGUUGUGGCCAGGUUAUUUAGCCUUUCCUUCAGUCUCCUCUACCGUUGAUUUUGCUGUGGUGCCAACCUUGGUUGGAUAGGUGGCUAGACCAGUUGUGUUAGUUCUGGGAGUUGUGAUACUAGAGGAUCUAGUUGGCGUUAAG